UUCGCAGCUACCGCGAAAACUCCUCUGCUCUGCUUAGCUGACUAUAUAUGCCUCUGUAUAGAUUAUACAUAUGUGUGUAUCGUUCAAGACCGAGAUUCACUACCAUAUAGCGAACGAGUGAGAGCUUGACCUAGCGCGUGACCUUCUCGUACGAACAGAUCAGUGCGCAGAUGGCGGGGUUUAACGCCGGUGGCCAGUUCUCGGAUUUUCCGGCGAUUCAGACUCACGACGGACGCUUUAUACGGUAUGAUAUAUUCGGUAGUCUCUUCGAGAUUACGUCGAAGUAUCUUCCUCCUAUCAUACCCAUCGGACGCGGCGCCUACGGGAUCGUUUGUUCUGUGUUGAAUUCGGAGACGAACGAGCUGGUGGCGAUGAAGAAGAUUGCCAACGCGUUCGAUAAUCACAUGGAUGCGAAGCGUACGCUUCGCGAGAUCAAGCUUCUUCGCCAUUUGGAUCAUGAAAAUGUUAUAGCUAUAAAAGAUGUGGUUCCUCCACCCAUUCGGAGAGAAUUCUCAGAUGUUUACAUCGCUACCGAACUGAUGGACACUGAUCUUCAUCAGAUUAUCAGGUCUAACCAAAGUUUGUCAGAGGAGCAUUGCCAGUACUUCUUGUACCAGAUUCUUCGAGGGCUCAAGUAUAUUCAUUCAGCAAAUGUUAUUCAUAGAGAUCUAAAGCCAAGCAAUCUUCUUCUGAACGCAAAUUGUGACUUAAAGAUCUGUGAUUUCGGUCUUGCCCGGCCAACAUCAGAGAACGAGUUCAUGACGGAGUAUGUUGUUACGAGAUGGUACAGAGCGCCAGAGCUUCUGUUGAACUCUUCCGACUACAGUGCUGCAAUUGAUGUGUGGUCUGUGGGUUGUAUCUUCAUGGAGCUUAUGAACAGAAAGCCUUUGUUCCCAGGCAAAGACCAUGUUCAUCAAAUGCGCCUAUUGACAGAGUUACUUGGCACUCCGACAGAAUCAGAUCUCAGGUUUACCCACAACGAGGAUGCAAAACGAUACAUUAGGCAACUGCCUUACCACCCGCGACAGCCGUUGGGAAGUCUUUUCCCUCAUGUUCAUCCAAUGGCCAUUGACCUGGUUGAAAGAAUGUUAACAUUUGAUCCCACACGAAGAAUAACUGUUGAAGAAGCUCUAAAUCACCCAUACCUCGCCAAGUUACAUGACCCUGAUGAUGAGCCAAUCUGCCUUAGGCCAUUCUCUUUCGAUUUCGAGCAACAACCUCUAGAUGAGGAGCAGAUAAAAGAGAUGAUCUACCGGGAGGCCAUAACACUCAAUCCUACAUAUGCUUAGAGGAGAAUCAAACAGAGAUUCAAAAGUUAUCCAGCCUCAGCUUCUCAUUUCGUAAAUGCGGUAUAUAGCAUCCAACUAGAAAAACCGCAUAAUUGUUGCUUGUUCUUUUAUUUGUGCACCUGUAUUAUAGUUUUUAUUUCUGAAUCUUGUAAUCCCAUUUGUUUCUUCAUGUAAUUCAUGUUUAACCAUGGGAUGUAGUUCGAAAUCCCAUGUGUCAGAUUUCUUUCAUAUAAAUGAAGUAGCAUUUUCCA